GUGCCACACGGUUAGAUGUGAUUUGGUCGAUGGCAGAGGUACGCAGUGAGGUGGAGACUGGUUCUCUGGGUCUAGGAGCCCCACAGCCGGCAGAUUACCCCCAGCUUCCACACCCUGCUGCAGACCCUACAGGACCUGUGGCAGAGCCCCAGCUUCCUGGAGAACAUCCCCUGAAGGUACCUGAGGACCCCCGGCCAGAGGCUGAGCCCGACACCUGUCCACUGCCACCCAGGAGGAUGUGGGAGGACAGCUUCGACACAGAGAACUACUCAGCGGUGUCGUGGAGGCAGUAUUUCGACCAAUCAGAGGACAUCUCAGUAGGACCGUCAGAGACCAGAGAUGUGUUCAGGGUCUACAGGAACGGUUCUGAUGGACCUCUCCUGGUCCUACUGCACGGAGGAGGACACUCUGCCCUGUCUUGGGCCGUCUUCACGACAGCGAUAGCCAACAGGGUGACCUGCAGGGUGCUGGCCAUGGACCUCAGGGGUCACGGUUCCACCCAGGUACGCCAGUCAGAUGACCUCUCCACACAGACCAUGUCCAGGGAUGUGGCCAAUGUAGUGCGAGCGUGCUACGGAGAGGCCCCUCCCCCCAUCGUCCUGGUUGGUCACAGUAUGGGCGGGGCCAUCGCUGUCCACACCGCCUCCAGCAUGCUCCUCCCCACAACUGUAGGACUGGUGGUGAUAGACGUGGUGGAAGGCAGUGCCAUGGAGAUGUUACACAGCAUGCAGAACUUCCUGAAAGGACGACCCAAGUCUUUUGAGUCUAUCGACCAUGCCAUAGAGUGGAGUGUUAAGAGCGGCCAGAUCAGGAACCGGGAGUCAGCACGGGUCUCCAUGGUUGGACAGAUCAAGAGGCAUGUAGAGGUGGAGGAUGUUGUUGAAUCACCUGAGCAGGCCAUCCCUGUUAGUGACGUAGCCGUCGAGGGCAACGAGGAGAUCUACGUUGACCCGAGCUACGUUAGCGACAAACCAGACGGUACGCCAGAGGUGAGCAUCCCAGAACCCGAGGGUGUGUAUAGCUGGCGUAUAGAUCUGUCCAAAGCAGAGAAGUACUGGGACGGAUGGUUCAGAGGAAUCUCUAAUCUGUUCCUGGGAUGUAACCUGCCCAAACUCCUCCUGUUAGCAGGUGUAGAUCGUCUGGACAGGGACCUGACUAUAGGCCAAAUGCAGGGGAAAUUCAUGAUGCAGGUGCUGCCCCCUAGUGGCCAUGCUGUGCACGAGGACACACCAGACAAAGUGGCAGAUGCUCUGGCAAGCUUUCUGUUCAGACACAAGUUUGCUGAGGCCAGCAGAGGUCAGCGUACAAGCUCCUCCUACCCUUUCACGCGGUGAGGUCAGCAGGCCUACCUACCAGAACAUCCAGCCUUUCUGUGUCCUGAACAACAAAUGUUUGUUUUAAAUCAAAUCAUUUUCAUAUUUUACUUUCCAACAGUUUAGAAUGUUUUACUGGUAACCAUGGUUAUUAUUUUACCAUCUUAGUCACUUUAGAAUUCCAUAUUUUCCAGUCGUUGUGUAGUUCAGUAAACAUAUUGCAGUGUUUUGAGGUAGAAGACCCCACUAGUAUGGGCAGCAUGCUAAACUAUGUACACAGUGUUCAGUUGGACUGACACUCCAAACACGUGUUGGGGUAAACAGCUCUCACGGGAGAGGACUGUUACGAUCAUUAAACACACGCAGACACACACUAAGGAAAGCACGCAUGCACACACAGUAAUGUGUUACAGGUGGGGAGUGAUGAUAUUUCCAUAAAGGCUACAUUUCCUGUUGUGUGAAGGAAACCAUGUUGUAAAGGGUGCCAGGAGAAAACAAGAACAUGUAGUAUUGCGACUAUGGGCUGGUUUCUGAUAAAGUCCUGGACUUUUGCUUUCAAUGGAAUGUUUUUUUAGACCAGGACUAGGCCGAACUUCUGUCUUUUGGAAACCAGCCUCAUAUUGCUUGUACUGUCCUUCCAUGUUGUUCUGUAAAGUCUCGCUAAGGAUUUAUUCAUGUUAGUCUGUAAUGUAAAGUCUCGCUAAGGAUUUAUUCAUGUUAGUCUGUAAUGUAAAGUCUCGCUAAGGAUUUAUUCAUGUUAGUCUGUAAUGUAAAGUCUCGCUAAGGAUUUAUUCAUGUUAGUCUGUAAUGUAAAGUCUCGCUAAGGGUUUAUUCAUGUUAGUCUGUAAUGUAAAGUCUCGCUAAGGAUUUAUUCAUGUUAGUCUGUAAUGUAAAGUCUCGCUAAGGGUUUAUUCAUGUUAGUCUGUAAUGUAAAGUCUCGCUAAGGAUUUAUUCAUGUUGUUCUGUAAUGUAAAGUCUCGCUAAGGAUUUAUUCAUGUUAGUCUGUAAUGUAAAGUCUCGCUAAGGAUUUAUUCAUGUUAGUCUGUAAUGUAAAGUCUCGCUAAGGAUUUAUUCAUGUUGGUCUGUAAUGUAAAGUCUCGCUAAGGAUUUAUUCAUGUUAGUCUGUAAUGUAAAGUCUCGCUAAGGAUUUAUUCAUGUUAGUCUGUAAUGUAAAGUCUCGCUAAGGAUUUAUUCAUGUUAGUCUGUAAUGUAAAGUCUCGCUAAGGAUUUAUUCAUGUUGGUCUGUAAUGUAAAGUCUCGCUAAGGAUUUAUUCAUUAAAAGAGAUGUGGAAAAAAAA